AUUAUAGAUAUAUCUCAAGUCUUUUCCAUGAUUUUUAAGAUUUUUUUUAUCGCUUUAGAGUCAAAAAUAAACAAGAUGGUCAUAAUGAUUAUUACCUCAGACGAGUAUUUAUAGAAUGAAAAAGAACACUUUGCGAGAUGAGAAAAGAGUAGUGAUGGCAAAACAAUUAAGGCAAGUAUUUCGGAUGAAGGGAGGCAACGACGAAACCAGUUUUGCCAAAGCGUCCUACGUGCCGAAGCAGAUAUUAUCACUGACAAAACCCAUAAAAGACAAAGCAAUCACAGAAAUGUACAGCAAACAACCACCAACAAAAGCCAUUCGCAUAGCAGACUUAGGAUGUUCUUCGUCCGAGAAAAACAGCUUAAUUGUCAUCUUUGAUCUCAUUCAGACCAUCGAUAAUAUUCGUAGACGAUUCAAACAAGAUCCAAAAGAAUAUCAAAUUUACUUGAAUGAUCUUCCAGGAAAUGAUUUUAACACUCUUUUUGGGUCAAUCACAAAUUUUGAAGAUAGACUUUUAGAGCAAAUUGGAGAUGAUUUUGGGCAUUGCUUUGUGAAUGGUGUUCCUGGCUCUUUCUAUGGCCGAAUUUUUCCUACCAAUACCAUGAAUUUUGUCCACUCCUCCAGUAGCCUUCACUGGCUAUCUCAGGUACCCGAAAACAUAAUAGAAAACCAGAAGAGAAACAUUUACAUGUCAAGAGCAAGUCCUCCAAGUGUCCUCAAAGCGUAUUAUGAGCAAUUUGAAAAAGACUUCUUGAAGUUUCUACAUUGUCGAGCCAUGGAAAUGGUAGAUGGUGGGAAAAUGGUUUUAACUUUACUAGGAAGACACAACAAUCAAUAUUGUUAUGCCAAGGAAUCGAGUUACUUGUUUGAGCUCCUCUCGAAUGUUCUCAAUGAUAUGGUUUCUGAGGGUAACAUAGAUGAAGCAAAGCUAAACGCAUUCAAUAUCGCGGUAUACACACCAUCACCAUUAGAACUAGAGUUUCUAGUGAAAAAAGAAGGGUCUUUUAAUGUGAAUCUAGUUCAUGUUUUUCAAGUCAGCUGGGAUUGGAAUGAUUACAAGUUUGACAGCACUUUAGACGACACUUCUGAUCAAUAUGACUUUACAACAUGUAUGAGAUCUGUGCUUGAGCCUUUGAUUAUUGCUCAUUUUGGCCAAGAAAUCGUAGACGAGGUGUUCGAACGAUACAGGGAAAAAGCUCGAGUUUCGAUGGCUGAAGAGAACAAUGUCCUCACCAAUGUUGCCAUUUCCCUGACCAGAAUCCCUAGGGGCCGGUAGGGGCUGAUAAACAUUGUUCUGGUUCUGGUCUGGUGUAAUUUUAUUUUGCUUAAUAUUUGAGUUGUAUGUUUAAACAAUAAACAUUAUUUGCGCUGUCACUUUCAAGUAUUUGCAAAUAAGUUUUUUUGGCUGUUUGACUGACUAUAAAGCUAAGAAACAAUGAAAAGAUCGAUGUAUGAAAAAAAA